UCUGCCAUUUCCUAGUUAGUUCGGUCAACGUUGACGCGUCCGUAUAAAAACAAAUCGUGUAACCCUUGGAGGACACAGUCUGCGCUUGCAAGUCCUCCAUAAAAGACCACGAACAUAAAUAUCUUAAAGUGUCGCUGCGAAAGUUCGUAAACAAAAUGCUUGGAACGAAUGAAAAUCCGGCUAGUCUUUAUCCGUCAUUGACUCCUGAAACAGUCGAAUCGACAUUAGCUGAAAAUCCAGCGGUAAUUCAAACUCCACCGGCAAGUCGUGAGCGCCAAAGGUCAAUCGGUGAAGACGAGGAAAUUCAAAAGGAGAUGCAAGAACUGCGUCGACAAGACGAGGAAGAAUAUCAUCGUAAGCAACAGGAAAAUAGAAACAGGAUCGAUUUACAUCUGCAGCAGAACGGAGGAGACCUUUCCCUUCUGUUGAGUCAACGCAUUCCCAAUGAAGUGAAUUGCAUUCAGCUCUCAAGCUUCGGAGCUUCGAAGAAUGUCCACACCGCCAAAAUACAGCUACCACUUCCGAUGAAUAAUGAAGUUCUCAUACGAGCUUAUUCUUGUGGUGUUAAUUUCAAUGACGUAAUGACACGAAACGGAAUGCUAGAUAAUUGGGUUCGGUCUCUAAAGCCGCCUGUCAUUAUGGGCAGUGAAGUUGCUGGUGAAAUUAUAGGACUUGGGAAAAACGUCAUCGACUUCAAUUUGGGGGAUCGAGUUAUGGCUCUACCGGAACGCAAAGCUUGGAGUGAAUACGUUGUUUGUCGCGUGGAUUUUUGUUUCAAAAUCCCCGAGAAGAUGAACUAUCACGACGCUGUAGCUUUGACCGUCGAUGGAAUGGUAGCUUAUUCGUUGCUUUUCCCGAUGGGCAAUCUUAGCACUGGCAAAGCUGUUCUCCUACACUCGACACCUGGCGGAUUGGGCACGAUGGUGACUCAAAUGGCCCGCUCAGUACCCAACACCAGAAUUUUCAAAAUAGCAACGAACAGAGAAGAAGGUGGAUUAGGUGGCGAGUCGGCCGACCAAGUGGUUCACUAUAUUGAACACGACGCUGAUUAUGUGUCCGAGAUUCGUCAUAGUUCACCUCAUGGCGUUGAUCUAAUACUCGAUUGUCAGUAUCAUAAUAAUUUCCAGCGAGAUUUUAAUCUAUUAAGACCAAUGGGCAAGUACGUCCUGUUCGGAACUUAUGCAGCGAUUAACCGUGGAUUUUUCGACAGCGCCAGAUCUUGGUGGGGCCAAGAAAGAAUUUCUCCAUUGAAACUCUACGAGGAGAAUAAGAGCGUCUGCGGUUUCAAUCUACGCAAUCUGCUGUACUUCCAGAAGGAUCGAGCCUACGUUCGCGAGCUAUUUGAUAUGAUCUGUAAAAUGUGGGAAGAUGGUCAAAUUAAAGCAGUUUUCGACUGUAUGCUUCAAUUCGAUGAUUUCCCGGAAGCCUUGCAACGUAUGCAAGAAAACGGACAAGGUGGAAAAAUUGUUCUAGAUCCAAGAAUGACGAAAGCUGAAUCACUACAUCAGCGUGACUAUUUCGUCGUGGCUGAAAACGUGAAACAACGGCGUUGGCAACAGAAACCUCUGCUACAAAAAUUGGGUUUCCCUGAACCAGGAGAAUUAGCUAAAGAUAAGCCGUUGUCGCCGGAAGAAGAACGCACCAAACAGCAAGAGGAAAUGCAGAAGAAAAUGCAAGAACAACAACAUCCUCAUGGUUCAGGAUUGAUCCCCAAUCUGUUUCCAGUAGGAAGCGGCCGCGGCAAUGAAGGUCGCUCAACGUUCGAGACUAUCAAGGAGAAACUAACUCCAAGCUUCUUGUCUAAAGAGCCGGAAGCAAGUGGUGUGACUCCGCAAUCAAAUAUCGUAACAACUCAAUUUCCUGAAGCAGUUGCAGGAUUUCCAACCACCCAAGAAACGUUCCCCAAUAUACCACAGCCGCCUUCAAUUUCACCUUAUUCGGUUGAAAACGUUUUUUCGCACCUUUCUACGUCAACUGAACCAUCGUCUGUCAUGCCAUCCAUGGAAAUGGGAGACCAACCCGUCCUGACGAAAGAAAAAGUUGAGCUGACAGUUCCAUUGACCAAAACGGAAUUUAAAGAACUGAAAGAAGACCUUCCAGGAGCAGUGACGGAAGAGAGUAAACGUGAACCAAGCUUCCUGGGAAAGCUCCGUAGUGAAUAGAAUUGGAUGAACGAGACAUUCGCCAAAUUCGCGCUAUAUUACAGAUUUAUGGUUUCGUCGUUUGAUUUUUAUAAAGAUAUUGCCUUUGUAGCAUGAUUCCAUUCCAAAUAAACAUCUUGUAAACAUAA